CUUGUCGUCUACUGUAUUUACCACCGCUCACCCCUCUCUCUCGCUCGUCCUCGUCGCACCUUCUUUCCAGCACAACACAGCACAACACUCACUUCAUACUGUCGUUGGUUGUUGAUUGUUUGUUUGCUCUGCACGGGAAGUCACAGGAAAGAGCCACCAACCAACUACUGUACUGUACUCUGCUAGAUCCUUGGGCUUCGAUCCUCAUUCCUUCAUCUCUCUUAACAGCGCGACCCGCAAGAAUAGUCGACUCGCCAGCAGCAGUUCACUCUGAUUUUGGUGGCACCAAGUCUCAACAAGAAGAAGAAAAUACAGGACGCACGAACCCGAUAUUGCAGCCGGCCAGGAAGGGUACAUCAGGCUCAAUUCGUGGAGGAAGUCGCGCGAACAGUAGUAGCAUCUUAGCCCGACGAGCGUAAACUCCCAUCCCAGCUUUCACUCAACAUUCAGACAUCAUGAGUACUGCCAUCGCAAUGGCUCCGUCGCCUGCUCCCCACGACAGGUCGUCGUAUGUCGACAUUGCUCCUUCAAAGCCCUCGAAUUCCCCUCCAGCACAGCGCACUUCUGCCUCGGCGACGCCGAACCAACCUGCACAACGCACAGGAAGCGGUAGUCCCAAGGCUCCUGCUGCAGCAAAAAGCUCUCCAAAUGCGUCUCGAAACGGGGUUCCGCCAAAAAUAAUCGUGAAAAAGGAACCUCCAAGCUCGCCAGACUUGCCAACCUCUCGACACCGCCCACGAAAGCUCGAUCUGUCCAAGAACACCUCGAGCGUCAACCCCGGCACAGCUAGACCAUCUGCAGGUCAAUUAACAUCGAGAGGUGAAAGUGGCGGGCUCGGAAUUCAGGACGUCGGAUUGGCGUGUCUAUCGCCUGGGUUUGUCACCCAAGACCCUACGAUGAGGGAACAGCUGCAACGAAGUAUAUCAGUCCGAGAGCAGCAGAGACAUAUCAUCGAGUCACGGUUACAACAAACAGCCAAACCCGGAGAUGCACCCAUGGAAAGUGCAAAGGAGCGGGAGUUGGGUGGAGGUUUUGGGGCCAAGACACCCGGGACAACCAAGAGAAAGGCACCUCCAGGACUCAGCAUUGUGGCUCCAUCCCACGAACAAUUUGCCCAUGAGAGAGUAAUUCAAUCUGCACCACUUAAUCAAUCGUUUACAGGACGACAUCAACCACAUCCUCUCACAAGGCACAUUGCAAACCAGCCUUCUAAUCUUUCCAACACCUCGCAUAUCCAUCAUGUUCCUGCCACACAGACAGCGAAUCGUCUUCCACCCAUCACAGACGUCUUCGCCGCCGAAGGACUUGGUGCUCAUCGAGAAGCAGCUAAUAGCAGCCGUGCAUCUUUCUUUCAGCAGAACAACUCGGGAUCGGCGUCAAAUUCCUCGCAUUCCAACUCCAGACCGACAUUUCCUUCACCAGGGCACAAUAAUAACCCACCUCCACAAUCAGCUCGACCACGAGAGUACCGAUCGGCAGAGGAUGCUCAGGUGGAACUUGCAGGUGGUCGACCUGAGUUACUGCCUAAGCUCGUCCACUAUGGUGGUCACCAACCUCCCACGCCGCCUUCACCUCUUACCGGAAAUGCCAUGAGACAAGGCGAAGCAAGCCGUAGUGGAGGAGGCAGGAGAAGACCUCGAGCUGAGUACGAAGAAGGUGGCAGUCCACCACUCGGCACCGGACCAUCAGCACAAAGAAGAAGGCCCUUUGGCGAAGGACGAGACAGCCCAGUGAGUCAACAGCGAAAGAAGGACGAAUUCAUUCAAUUGUGCGCUCGAGCUUGGGAUUUGUUCCAUUCUUAGUGUGUUUCGUUUGCCACGUCUUCGAUUUGGAAUUAGUAUACUUUCUUCGCUCUGUCCGUUAUUCGAUAUGGAUUCCGGAAUUUUAUAUAUGUCGAUACCAAGGUUACGUUUCUCAGUCGUUGAUAUUGCAACAUCAAUAUCACAACUAUACUUGCGUCUGCUGGUUCUGGACUGGCGUUAAUAAAGUGG